CUCGUCACCCUCAAAAACUUCUCCGUUCGCGCACUCAACCUUGACGGCCUUGCCGAUAUUCUGCUCUUCCGUAUUGUACUUGACAGUCCUGACAACGCUUUUGAACCGCACAUCUAGCUGAGUGGGGCACUGCCACAAGCCACGAGGCACCUGUUGAUAACCACCAAUAAUUUCCGUUGGCAUGGUGCCAGUUGAACAUACGCAGGUCACGAGGUUUGAUAUCGAGGAUUCUCUGGUAUUGUCUGAUGCCUUCGUCCAUAAUCUUACCUAACGUGGGAUAUUCCGAGGCCUUUGCGGCUGUGUCAAGAUCGAGAGUCUGGAGAUCGGGCGCCCCUGGUUUCAGUUGCCAGCCCAUAUCUUGCACAGACUUCGUCACUGGAAUAUCAGCGUUGAAGCCUGCUGUGAGCUGAUAUGUGCGGCCUGCCCUCUUCUCCACUCCCGUUGAAGGCAUUUCUUCAAGUGUCGAGGCAGUAGUUGUCGCAUUGGUAGGCAAUGGCGUGCUCGAUUGUUCCAGUUCAGCAAUGGUCGCAGUAGCCGUAUCGCUGGGCUCCCGUCCAAAAAGCAUCAGAUUACGAUCACCUUCUACCGUUCGGAAUAUCGCAGGUUUGUUUCGGAACACGCUCGCACGUUCGAGAACGUCAUUGUAAAGUUUUUCCACCAGCAUGUCCUGACUUCUGUCGACCACUGUUCCGUCAUAAUCAUACAAUAUAGUGUUGUCU